GGCACAAUACUAAGGAGCAGCAGCUUGAUGAAGAGGAAGCAAAUGUUCAUCAAGAUGACAAACAAGCAGCUUACUGCCAGAAGUAUGCAAAGGAGUCCAGUUCAGUAUCAGAUGAGGCUAUACUUUAUUAAGCUAAGUUGGUUAUUAAAGAGUGAUUAAGAUAGGAACAUUGUUAGUUAGAAAGUUGUUAUAACAAUUAGUUUGUUAUAACUGAUUGUGCAUUCUUGUUUUCUUGAUUGUUUACUCCCUAUAUAAGGAGCCUUGUAUUCCUUCUCAUGUACUACUGAUUUUUGUCAUCAAUAAUAAAAUUCUCUUUUUCCUUUAGCUACCUUUUCUUACAAUUAGUAUUGCGGGAAAUAACAUGGGAGUCAAUUUAACUUCUCCAAAUUGCUAGAUCAGUAGCAAGAACUAGCAAUUUAUAAUCUGUCAAAACAACUUUGACGGAUGAUCUCUCUACAAAAGCUACGCAAUCUUCCAUAUCCAAAAGGCGCCCUUUUUUUUCACAAUCUCAAUCACACUCUCAUAGCCCCAACAUUUGAAUCAUUUCAUAAAUCUCCAAUCAAUCACACAAUAACCAAAAACCCAAGAAAUAAUGUUCUAAACUUACUGUCGUCUUGCACAAGUUUACAUCAACUUCAUCAAAUCCAUGGUCAUAUCAUUAGAACCCACUUCUUAGAAUUCAAUAAUGUAUCAUUUUAUUGGAACACCAUAAUAAGAUUAUACACUAGACUAAGUUCUCCAUCUUAUAGUUUUCAUGUUUACAUGCGUAUGUGUAAAACAGGGGUUUUACCUGAUAAAUAUACACUUCCUAUCAUCAUUAAAGCAGUUAGGCAAGUUUACUCUUUUAGAACAAGCUUGCAAUUUCAUGGGGUUUCAAUCCGUCUUGGGCUUGAGAAUGAUGAGUUUAUUGAAAGUGGAUUGAUUAAUAUGUAUGUAAAAGAAUGUGAAUUUAGAGAUGCAUAUAAGCUGUUUGAUGAAAGUUCUGAGAGAAAAUUGGGUUCUUGGAAUGCUGUUAUAGCUGGGCUUUCACAAAGUGGGUAUUUAAGGGAUGCUGUGGAUAUGUAUCUGAGGAUGAGGAGAAAUGGACUUGUCCCGGAUGGUGUGACUAUGGUUAGUGUUACUUCGGCGUGUGGAGGGUUAGGGGAUUUGAAGCUAGCCCUUCAGUUGCAUAGAUGUAUUUUCUCAGUUAAUUGGAAGGGUAAACAGAGUGUUUUGAUGAUGAAUUCAGUUAUUGAUAUGUAUGGGAAAUGUGGAAGGAUGGACUUUGCUUAUGGAGUGUUUAAGAAUAUGAAUGAACGAAAUGUGUCAUCGUGGACGUCCAUAAUAGUGGGUUAUGCUACGCAUGGGCAUUCAAAUGAAGCGAUGGAGUUCUUUCAUACUAUGAUAAAAGCUGGUGUGAGGCCUAAUUAUGUCACUUUUAUAGGAGUGUUGAGUGCAUGUGUGCAUGGUGGGAUGGUCGACGAUGGGAAGCGUUGCUUCCGAAUGAUGAAGAGUGUGUAUGGGAUUGAGCCCUGUGUGCAGCAUUAUGGAUGUCUGGCGGAUUUACUUGGUCGAGCAGGAUUGCUGGAAGAGGCAAGAAAUAUGGUGGAAGAAAUGCCUAUGAAGCCAAAUGUAGCCAUUUGGGGCUGCUUGUUGGCAGCAAGUGAGAGAUACAACAAUCUAAACAUGGGAGAAUGGGCUGCUAAGCAUUUUCUGCAGCUAGAGCCAUGGAAUGACGGGGUUUAUGUCGUUUUGUCGAAUAUUUAUGCGAGUAGAGAUAUGUGGAAGGAGGUUGAAAAGAUCAGGAACAUCAUGGAACAAAGAAGAUUGGGUAAGCUUCAAGGUUAUAGUUCAGUGACAGCUACUACCAAUUGAAAUCUUCCUUUUCCCUUUUGGGUGGUAAGAAUACACCCACUCGGUUGCUACCCAUCUAAUUGGCUGGCGGGGCAGAUCGAGGAUACUCGAUUUAGGAGACCGCAACCUGACCUUCCACAUAAUGUUCACUUUAAAUGCCCGAAUUAGUCUCAAGACCAUUUCUGAUAAACUGACCAGAUUUUUGUUUGCAUUUCAUGAAAGAUUCACAGUAAAUCAAAUAUCUCUAGGUUUGCAAUAGUUGCACUUUUUUUGUUUAAAUUGAUUUUUCAUAAUACAUGAGAUCAUCUUUCAUGAUUUUAGACUACUAUCAAAAUUAUAUAGCUUAUACGGCCCGUUUGGUUGAUGGUAAUGAAGUAAUGGGAAUGAAAUAUUGUAAUGGCAAUAGUAAUGAAGGAAUGGAUAUGAGAAUUGGUAAUGAAGAUUUUUUUGUUUGGUUUGCAUGAUUAAAGAAUGGUAAUG